AUGAUGUUCAUGUUCAGUAAGCAGAACUACAGUAAAUGUAACCUCAAGGAAUUUAAAGUGGUUGGAUGCAAAAAUCCUUCCGAGAAAGAGCCUCAACCGCAGCUCUUCACUUCGAAUAUUUUUGCAGAGAAUUCCGUUGUUGCCAAAUCCAAGUUUUCUAAGCUGCUCAAAGACCAGUUUAAAAUAAAAGCAACCAAUACGGUCAUUGUCAGGCUUGAGGAGAUUGAGCAGGAUAAUGAUUUUGAAGUCAAGAACUAUGGCAUUAGGUUCACCUACAGAACUAGAACGGGACUUUGCAAUGCAUAUAAGGAAGUAAGACACAUCAACCGAGUGCUUGCUGUCCAGGAUCUCUAUACCGAGUUUGGAUCAAAGCAUAAGCUCAAGAAGCACGAGUUUUACAUUAUUGAAGUCAAGCAACUUGCUGACGAUGAGGUUACCAAGAGUAGAGUCCUGCCGUAUGUUGGAAAGGAUGUGAAGUUCCCAGUGUUCUUUAAGCAGUCUAAUACUGAUGCCGAAGUUGUUCCAGUAUCAACUAAUAUUUUUAAUUAA